GAAGUCGCUCCCCGACGCGGCCCACCUGCCUGCGGCGCCGGAAGUGGUCGCUGCCGCGCUGCUUCCGGUCGGCGGGGCUCGUUGGGGCCGGGGCCGCCGGGAGGCCGGCUGCGGACUGGCCGAAGGCCGGAGCUCCCAUGGCGGAGGGCGGCGGCCCCGGCGGGCGGGCCGGGCCGGGGCCCGCAGGUCCUAAUCUGAAGGAGUGGCUGAGGGAGCAGUUUUGUGACCAUCCACUAGAGCACUGCGAGGACACCAGGCUCCAUGACGCAGCCUACGUGGGGGACCUCCAGACCCUCAGGAGUCUGUUACAAGAGGAGGGCUACCGGAGCCGCAUCAACGAGAAGUCUGUCUGGUGCUGUGGCUGGCUGCCCUGCACACCACUGCGAAUCGCGGCCACUGCUGGCCACGGGAACUGUGUGGACUUCCUUAUCCAGAAGGGGGCCGAGGUGGAUCUGGUGGAUGUAAAGGGCCAGACUGCCCUGUAUGUGGCUGUGGUGAACGGGCACCUGGAGAGCGCCCAGAUCCUCCUUGAAGCCGGUGCUGACCCCAAUGGAAGCCGGCACCAUCGCAGUACACCUGUCUACCACGCCUCUCGUGUGGGCAGGGCCGACAUACUGAAGGCCCUCAUCAGGUACGGGGCUGAUGUCGAUGUCAACCACCACCUGACUCCAGACAUCCGGCCCCCUUUUUCCCGGCGCCUCACCUCCUUGGUGGUCUGCCCCUUGUACAUCAGCGCGGCCUACCACAACCUCCAGUGCUUCAAGCUGCUCCUCCAGGCUGGGGCGAACCCCGACUUCAACUGCAACGGCCCUGUCAACACGCAGGGCUUCUACAGGGGCUCCCCCGGGUGCGUCAUGGAUGCCGUCCUGCGUCAUGGCUGUGAGGCAGCCUUUGUGAGCCUGCUCGUAGAGUUUGGAGCGAACCUGAACCUGGUGAAGUGGGAAUCCUUGGGCCCAGAGUCGAGAGGCAGAAGGAAGGUGGACCCCGAGGCAUUGCAGGUCUUUAAAGAGGCCAGAAGUGUCCCCAGGACCUUGCUGAAUCUGUGCCGUGUGGCUGUGAGAAGAGCUCUUGGCAAAUACCGACUCCAUCUGAUUCCUUCGCUGCCUCUGCCAGACCCCAUAAAGAAGUUUCUACUUUAUGAGUAGAAGUCAAGGGCAGACGUUGACUGCGGUGAGGAAGAAGGCGCUCUGCAGGGACAGCUGACAUCGAUUCUCGCCCGUGAACCACGUCCUGGGCUGCUGCCUCAGUCCCAUCUGGCUGUUGGUAGAGCAGGAACGGCUCGUGGAUUCUAAUUCUAGCUCAAGUGCUUGGUCGGGGCAUCACACAGUCCUUGGGUCAUUGUCAGCCGAGAGGCUCAUGCAAAACUUAAUUUUGUUCUUCCAUAAUAUCUGUUUUGGAUUUUCACAGUUGCAUAUUAAUGAAAGGGGCCUUGAAAUGGGUGCAGGUGGGGGUUGGAGGCCUGCUAAUAUCCCCAGUAGGGAAGACCCCUAGCACUUUCUAGAACUGUGCUUCUGUUUAUAUUUUUACUUCUCACUUUAAUUGUUCAAUUAAAGUUUUAUAAUACCCAAAUGAAAAGAGAGUUUUGGUAAAAGAGUAGAAUGCAGAAAUGCAGUUCAUGAACUUGCUAGUUUGUUUUCCCAUCUCCUGGGGUUGACACGUGGCAUUUGUCAUACAUACUCUUCUUCCUUGCCACUUCGGUGUUCACUCCUAGUGGUGAGAGUGUCAUAUUCAUUGUCUUCAUUCAAGGAUGGUUUCCUGGCCGCAUGGAUUGGCUGGGUUAUCUCAGAGUCGAUACCUGCAUUUAUUCAAAAUCAAGAGAGGUAACGCUCAAAGUUCUACCACACUGCACCUGUGCUGACACCUAACUGUGCCUAGCAUCAUGCCACCAGGUCUCAUGAGUUCUCUGCCAUCUCACCUGGGGAGCUUCCAGACGGUGACUGAUUUUAGGAGGCCCACACCAAACUAGCCCGUAAUUGACUUCCUACAUUUGGACCAAGGACCGUCCAACAGCAUCCACUGCCAGUUCUCACGGAAGAAAAUACCUGCAGCGCUCCUGGUCCCUGCACUUCCCAGAAAGUGGAAAUUCACUUGUCCUCUGCGUGGUUCCAAGCUUUCAGUUGUUGGUGUCGAGUGGACAAAACAUCUGGCGGUUGGUUGAUCACUCUUCACUUUUUUGGACCUAAUGUCUUGCGAGUUGCUCCUGGAAUCUGAGAAAGGGGGUAGCAGUGAGGUCAGAAGUUUUCCCCUGGCCUGUUGGGGUGGCUGCGCGGGAGAGAGAUGGCAUGGGUUAUCCUCCCCAAGUCUGGGGCUCUGGGCGGGGUUCACUCUCACACCUGGGUGCAGCUGGGGAUGUGGCUGUGAGUGCACGUGGGCCAGCGCUGCCUCUUCAGAGCGCUCGCUCCAGGCGCUGCUGUUUCCAGAGAAACCACGUGUGGUCAUUUGAAGCCUGUGAGGACCAUUGUGUGGAUCCACGGUGAUUUUAACCUUUAGAAGUGUUUAGAAAUGGGCAGAUUUCAAAUCUGCGUUUAGACUUUCUGUAAUAAGAGAAAUCUAAUUUGUAACCAUUGAACUAAUGAUAUGGGUUUAUUUAAUUAUUGACAUCAUUAUAUGUUUUAGCUGACCAGACAGGGACUGUCUGGUCAUUGUCUUGUGCAGCUUGAGGACAGAAUUGUAAAGCUCCCCUCCUGUGUCGUGGAUGGGCUCUGACCUGUCCACGUAUGUAUGAGGUCUGAGGGGAGAAGUCCUUGGCGGAUUCUGAGAGGAAGGUGCGGUCACUGGAGGCUUUACUCAGCCGAAGUGACAUCGUUCCCAGCUGUGACCGUGGCAUAAAUGUGUGAUAGCUUCCUGAGGCCUGGGAUUGGCUCUGUGUUGCUCCUAGAGGACCGGGGCCCUGGUUGGCUGGGUGCAUUCAGAGCUCAGGGUCGGUCAUAGUGAAGUCAGGAGAGUCCUCCUGAGAGAGGAGAGGAGCUGAGGGUGGAGGCCGGCUGAGGAGGCUGCAGCCAGAGCCAAGUGCUGCAGGGGCUUCAGCCCAGGAGGGGGCUAGGUGUGUGUGUCCUUCGAGGCACUCAGCGUGGAACCAGGACCAAAAUUGGGCCGUGGCUGGGCCAGGAACUGGGGAAGUCAGGCUCCGCCUGGAUAUAGGGAGGGGUUGUAUGGAAGUCUGAGCCACCCAUAGGUGGAACUGGGUCACUGGAGGGGGCUCCAUGUCGCUGGAGGUGUGAGCAGUGGCUUGUCACCUUGGUGAGAGAGGGUUUCAGGAGUGGGUGGCUAGUGUACCUUACUUUUAAGCUCUUCCGACUGGCGGUCCCCUCCUCUGCUGCCCUCUUGGCUCGGGCUCUCUUCAGGUGAGCCGUGUCGUAGACCUGCAGCAGGCUCUCAGUCUGCCUGCCCAGUGCUUUCUGCUGGGCCUGUGAGGGACAGGGCUUCCCCGUGCCUGCCACGGGUAGGAGGGUGGCUCUGUUCUUGAACCUUCUGGAAAGCAGCACCUGGGAAUACUGCCAGUGCAGGAGUCCCACACGUGCUGGCGUAGCCUUCAGGCUGCACAGAGGCAAGGGUCCAGGACCGGGCCCAGCAAAGAGUGGGCGUCAGGCUCCUUUGCCCAGUGAAGCAAGCGUAGGGCUUGUUUCUGGGGGAUCAAAUCAUUUCUCCAGGGUCUCUCUAGAAGCAGUGGACUGAGUUGAUGCUCAUUGUUGGUCCUCGCCCAGACCUGGCCAGGGAGGUAGUGUGAGUGGGGAGGGGAUGAGCCAGGGAGUAGGGCCUCUCCUGCUCUGGCCCUGGAGUGUGCUGUGCGCCGGGUGGGUCUGCAGGGACCUGGGGCCUCAGCUCUUCCUUUGCAGAGGACACAUCGGCUUACUCUUUGUUCAGCCAGCCUUUGCUGAUUUUUUUGGCAUCCCCGCAACUUCAGGGUUUCAGCCUCUACUUUGAACCUUCAUAGCUGCCAAAUGUGAAUCUGAUAACAUUGGAGAUAGCUGACUCAGGCCAUUCCUUCUUGUUUGCAGUGACACUUGCCUAAAGCUCCCUUCUGCUUUUGUUGGCAAGAACAGGAAAGAGUAACUCUCCAUUGGAGCACUUUAUCAAGUCCGUUUCUAGGCCGCUGGGUGCCCGAGUCCCGUGUAGUGAGGAAAUGUGGUACUCAAGGAGGCUGCUGCCUGCUUGGCCUCGCGCCCUCCCCAGGACUCGGGGACCCCAGGGAGGGGCACGAUGGGCCAGUGGGAAGAGCUGAGUGUUUCCCCAGCCUGAUCCCAGGAGUGUCCCUACCGUCACCACUCCUGGGGUGCCUGCUGGCUGUGGAACAGAGUCCUGUGCUCUGGGCCUUGGCUGCUGUGGACAUUGGGCCAGGGUCAGGAUCAGGGUGGGGGUGGGGCAGUGUUGAUACCUCUGAGAAUUUGGCAACCUGUGUGGGGCUUUUGAAUAUAUUUCCAAAACCCACCAAUGUCACGCAUAUCUAUAUCUAUUCAUAUUACUUAUGUUAUUUAUAUAUUUAUUUAUUUAUGCCCUGUCUUGUUCCAGAAAAGGUUUAAGGCAGCAAUGCUUGGUUUUUGAUGUUCUCUUUUGACAUUUCAUAAAUUUUAGCCAACAUGCAGUUGUUAAACAGGUAAUUUUAAAAAGAAAGGACAAUUAGCAGUUUCCUCAUGUUGAAUAUGUUUCUGUUAUCAGGCUUAAGUGCCAUCAUUUUAAGUUUUCCUUUUUCCUUCUUCCAUGAAUUGUUUCUUCAGAUAAAAAGUUCAUGCACAAGUAGAAAUAGAGGAACAUGGAGCAAACAUCAGACUGAGCAAAGGAGAAUUUGCCUUAGAGAGAAGCGUUCUGUCUGUGCUCUGCUGCCUGCUGCCGCGUGGCCUCGGGCAGGUCCCGUUACAGUGCCGCGGCUUCCGGCUGUGCCUUCCCCACAGGUCUUCUGUGAGGACGCGUGAGAGAAUGUAUGUGGAAGCACUUUCUGCUUGAGUAAUCCUUGUGACAUGUAAACUGCUGUCAUCGUGACUGUUGUCCCUCUUCUCAGUGGAUGUGCAUUCGAGGCGAUGGCCGUGCUGGAGGAGCCUGUGACCUUGGAGAUGAGCUUUGACCUUGUUGCCCCAUGGGGCAGCGAGUGUCAUGGGGACCCACAACACAGGCAUUCGGGACAGAGGGCUCCGUGCAGGUCAGAAGUGUAAGGACAUGUGAAAUAAUUUAUGAAGUCAAGUUCACUCAACUUCAAGGGUUGUCUUUUAUUCUGAGAUUAUGUCCUUCCUAAUUUGGGUGAUAAGAUGUCCUUUUAUGUAAUGAAGGUGGUAAUAGAGGACAAUAUUUUUAUUUUUUAAAAUGUUCUUGAUUGCAAAACAACAUGUUGGCUCCCGUUCGUCAAGCCCCAGAAUUCCUUUUAAGUUUGCCAGUCUCUGAAAUCCCAGUGUCGGGGACCCACUCUCUAGCUAUAGUGUCUGUUUAUGUCAAGAUGAGAAGUUCCUCUUGGAUUCUUAAACCAGCUGGCACAGUGUUGAAGGGUAUCGCAGCACUCCUGCUGCCUGGUAGUCCGAGCACAAGCUCUGAGGUCACUGUGUGGUGUUAGGAACUGUGGGCUUGUGUCCUGGGGAGGAUGGAGCAAACGUCCCUGUGGUGAGCGGCCUCUGGCCACUCCUGAAUCCAUGAGAAACAUUCCCAGGAAGUUUGUGGGGCCUUCUCGGCUGGACACCUGCAGUACCCCAUACGCUGGCCAUGGUGCUAGUGGUGGGUCUUCUGGCGCUGGGGCUGUAGGCUCCUGGUCCUGUAUCUUUGGCUGCCUGCCAGGCACUCAGUAACCAUCCUCAGUGGUCUGGACUCCCUGCCGGCUUGGAUCUCCCUCCUGGCAGUGCCUCAUUUGGACACGUGACCUUCUCUUUCUCCCUGGCUCAGGCCUCACUUCCCUCCUCCCUCACUCCCCCCGACCUGACUCCCUUGGUGGCGAUUAAAGUAACUGAUAGGCGUGCAUCAGUGGUUAUUGGGAUCAUGUCCCAGGAGAAGGCCGUGGGAGGGGCGUGCAGACUGUGAAGUGCGUGAUGUGCUGAAUACAUACUAUACGUUCUAGGCAGAUAAUCAGAUGGGGAAGUGGGUGGGGAGGGGUGACUUUCGUUGCCUUAACAUGUAAUUGCUCAGUGUCCGGAAUGCAUGGUCGUCUCUUCUUUUUUUAAAUUGCUUUAUUUUCAGAUCUCUUAGGUGUACCAAGUGAUGUACGAAUGUGCAUAGAUCCAGUCUGAGUGUGGCAGUGAUGGACACAGCUCUCGUGUGUAUAAAGUCACAGUCUGUGGCUGUAAUUAGCCAGCAGUGCCCCUUUUCUGCCCUGCAGUGUUUGCACCGCUCCCAUGGCUUCUGCUUGGUGUUGGGCGCACAAGGUGUGACAGGCACAUGUGCCUGUGCCUGGAGACGUGCUGAAGAGAAUGCUCACCGUCGACCCUCAGUUUCUCCUUUCGGCUUCAGUACUGAAUGUGUGUGUGCCCACAGGAGCGGGGACUGUGGCUGUUCCUGCACUCGUGCGUGGUUAAGAACUUUCAAAAAUAUGAUGGACAUCUUUGAUAUGUUAUUGUAACUUUAAUAAAUGCUUUAUGCCCCUUUAAUUCCCCCCAAA